AUGUCUGGCAAGCAUUACAACAGAAAUGUUAGGUCGCACAAAGUUGUCUACGAGGCAUUGGUCAGACUGUUGUUUCAGCAAUACCUUGAGUCACUUACACCAGCGGAAAGGGAUGAAACAGUUUCUUUGAUUGGUGAGUUUCAAAUUUAGAUGUUUAUUCACACAGCAAGGAAGUCUCGAAACAUUUGCCUUUUUAAUUUUUAAUGUUUAUGAUUGAUGUAAUAUACAUAUGAACAACAAGAGCGAUUGUUUACCAGGAUAUCCAAACACGAGAAAACAAUGUCUGAAAACCAGAAUGCCUAGGGCAAGUGUUUUUGUUAAUUGUUUUUGAGUGUUUGGAUGGGACAAGGGUGGGACACAAGCUCAAGUUGUUUAUAUAGGCUUCUCAAAUGUAAUGAGUUGAGACGUAACAGAAUGUUUUCGCUUGCUGAUUUGAAUAAAAUUAUUAACCAAGCAUAACAUACUUAGUGAUUAUAUUCCAGUAAUUUUGCAUGCGUGAUGAAAACACUAGUGACUUUCAUCAAGUUUGAACAGGUUAUCUAAAUGACAUUUCAUAAUCUUGUGAUCAAACAAAUAGGUGAUUAUCAUUGCCAUUGGCUAAAUGCCUAAAUAACAUUGCUUAAAUGGUCACUAGGUGCCUUCAAAAUGUAAUAAACAUUCAUUUUGCAUUACAGAAAACUUAGCUGAGACAUUCCCAAGUGAAGAUUACCUACCACAAGUGAUGUCAGAGAAUUUUGGAAAACUGGAGAUGGCUAUCGCUAUGAUUUCUAAAUCAGAGGCAGACAAAAAAACAACAUUUGCUCUCUGGCUUAAUUACAUUCAAAUGGUAGAAGUUCUUUUAAUGUACUUUUGAGAAACAAGAGAAAACGACUGGGAUCUACAUCUCUCAGCAGUUAGAUCAAUGCUACCAUGGUUUUUCGCAACUGAGCGAAUGGAAAAGUUGGUCCAAAUCCAGGAAUGGUAUCCAUAGAGUAUACUAAGCGAUGGUGGAACGCACAGUUUAAGAAGUGCCAAACAUCUUGCAUAGUUAUUCAAUAAUACAUUAAAGAUUCAAUCAGAGGUUUUCCUAGGAGUGUAUAUAAAUAUCCCCUAAAGCCCGGAAUGAACUGGGAAACACUGUUGUCAUAUUAUUUGUCUUUCCAAUCAUUCGGUAUGUCAUAUUGUCUUAUCAGCAUCGGCAAACAGAUAAAGAGUGUUUCAUCAAAUGCUUCUGAAUUUGGUAGGAAAUAGUUUCCUUUCUGGGAAGCAAAUUUUGCUUCUGCAAUAAAAUCCAAUUAAAAAUCACGAAUAUUUCCGCAAAAUAUUUAUUUGUUCCUUGAUCGUGUAAAUUGUAUGUAUAUAUAUUUUUUACUCUCCCUCCUGUUUGAUACAGGUGAGUUUUUUACCUCACACAAAUUUGUAUUGAAUUAGGAUGUUAUAUAAAGUAGAAUUAAACGUUAAAACGGUAUUUUGAAACACAAGCAAAUGAAUUUAAGUGAUUUAGCAUAUGAGCAAGCAAAAUAUACAAUGUGUUUUAAACAAUAUUUAAGUGGGUGUAUUUAUAUUACAAGGUUUGAUCAGUAUUCUGUGAUUUUAUUUUGUUGUUUUUGCAGAGGAAAUUGGGGAAAACCCCACAGUGAGAAUCUAUUUUUAUAGUCUGUAAAACACAGACCGGGGUAAGUUCACAGUUCCCAAAAAUGCUCCCUCAGAACCGCUACUAUCCACACAACACCCAAAUGUACAUCUCACCAACUGCGCAUGUCCUAACACGCAAUUUAUACAGCUGAAUUACAAUUUCUCGUCCCUUUCUGCUUACUUACGCAACAAAAGACGAGCUUUACAGGCGCACAAGCUUUUUACAAGGUUUACAUUCAAUUCACAAAGAUUUUUCCAGAAUUUUCCUGUGUUACACGGCAGUAAACAAUUUACACAACCAUGGCCCAACGUGUUGGUUUAACCAAAUACAACAGCAAAUUUGGUAAGACAUUUUAUACUAUAACUAUACACAUAUAGUGCUAUGUUUUUAUUUUCUCAUUGUAAUCCAUAUCGGCUUCUAAUUUCUAUCUCUCUCACAUGUGCCAACCCCAGUCCCUGUUGACGAGUCCAUGAAGGAUGAAACGCCGCGUACAGGGAUACUGUAUUUUACACACAUGACUAUUUCUUUCUCUCGCUUUAUAUUUUACAUGCCUCCAUACAAGCUUUUUAGUACAGCGAGAUCAUACUCCUCGAGUUGGAUAAAAAAAUUUGUUUACACCACAGGAUAUUUUACCGUUACAAUUUCACACACGCAUCUUCUAUUUUAUGUUCAAAAAAUCUACACCUACAUUUAUAUUUCUUAGGUUCACAUUUAUACCCAUACAAGUGGUUUUUUACUUUACUUUUUUAUUCCAAGGUUUAUCAUAUACAACAAUUUUUCACAAGCAUACAUUGUGCAUACAACACGAGGCCAUCACACUAUCAUAUUUCACACUACAUUUUUCCCUAACAUUUAGAGACUAUUGUGGCAUACAUUUAUUACUAGGACACCAAUAUGGUUCUCAUUACCUAUAUCUAAACUUAAACAAACUUGCUACCAAAAGAAUGGCGGUUCAAGUAUUUCGAAGCACGAAAAUAUCAAACUUUGGAGGGAUUUUUCUCCCAAUUGUGCACCUGUUUCGCUUGGGGAGCAACAGAUUCUGAUAAAGUAAGUUUUUAUCUAUUUAUUCAUGUGAAAAUUACGUAGUUAGACGAGGGGUGCAACGGAAUUGCAUCUCUUGGAUGCUCAUCCUAUGGCCUAAUAUUUCUUCUUAAAUUGAAGUAUCGAGUGCGACUCUUUAAGACUAGUUUCUAUAUUUUCCCAAAUUUUUGAUGAAGUGAAUGGAACAUUUGGAUUCCAUAAUUAGUUCUUACCUUUGGUUUUUUAAUAUUGUAGUUACUAACAAAUCUGGUGUGGUGUGAAUGACAGGAUGAUGCAGCACCAAUGAUAUCAGAGAGUAUUGUAGGUACUUUUUCGUUCAUAUUAAUAAUCUUAAAGGUGAAAACAGCUAUUUUUAGUUUAAAAACAUUAUCAAUUUUAAGUAUACCCAGUAGGUUGUAGUAUACUGAGGCAUCUUCAUAAUUCCCUAUAAAAAAUAUUUUCCUUAUACAUUUAUUUUGGCACGAUUUUAAUUUUUAGAAUUUUGUAGCAUAUGUAUUACUCUAACUCAUUAACCCAUAAUUAAUAUACGGAAAAAUUAAACUACAGUAAACCUGCUUUCGCAUACAGUACCUAAGUUUACAUAUAGUUAAUAAAAUAGGAUGGUUUGGCUAGCUGGACACCCCCCCAAAAUAUGUUAUUGUUCUUGAUUAUUGAGGUCACAUGACGGUUUUAGUGCAUCAGCGAUAAACAGUGAAUGCUUUGCAAUAUGAGCGGCGACGCACUGCUACACCGAAAACCUUCGAGUUAACUGCUUUUUCUAGGGAAUUUUGGAAAAAUUUCUGUAGCUACGCUAUGCCGGGUGCCAACUGUGCGCUGUAUGGCUGUUCGACAAGUCGAAAGAGUGGUCUUUUCGUUAUUUAAGUUACCUUGUCCUAGAGUGGGUGAUGGACAAGAGACAAAAGCUUCGAAGGAGAUUGCGCGCAAAGAAUGGCUGCAUGUGAUACUAAGAACAAGGGAAAUGACUCCCGAAUUGAAGCAGAGAAUCAACAAAAAUAAAAUUUUCCUCUGUGAGCGUCAUUUUAAAGCAGAAUUGAUAUCUGAUCGUAAGUAUUGACUUUUUGUCUUUGCGCGAAAUAUUGUAAUUGCUAGGCCUUUGUCUUAUUGCACAUUUAAUCAAUAUGGUUGAAAUAUUUGCGGUUUAUAUAUUGUAUGUGAAUACUAGUCUAGUAAUUGAUUUUGUGUCCCUUUGUAGACGGAAAGAGGAAAUUGUUAGAAACAGGAGCUGUUCCAACUGAAAACCUGCCGUUAAAAAGCCAUGAAACCAAGCCAAGCACACGUUGGGUCCUUGAAAGACAACAAGAAGCUGGCCCGUCUACAUCAGCUUCGCCACCUGUGGCCGUGGAGAAAAAAGAAACGUUUGAAGAGUUUUGUUCAAAUGUUAAGGGUGUUACGCUUGAUCCUUGGAGUAUAACAGCAUGUACCAAUGAUGAAAUGAGAAUUGAACUUCAGGACAGCAAGUAUUCGAUUUCCAAAUUUGUGCUCAUUAUAGAUUCAUGUUUACAUUUUUCGUUACAUGUUUACAAUUGGCUUCUCCCCGAUGAUCACAAGAUGUAUUCAAGCCGUAGACGACGGAUGAACUCUGCUGAAAUUGCUGAACUUUUGCUGUCUCUUCACAAUGGGGAAUUUAAGAUAUGCAAAGGUUUACGACAGAAUGAAUAUCUAAACUCUAUUGCAAAGGAUGUUGAUACCAGCCACCAGUCGUUCGCCAUAUUGUACCAGCAAGCAUUGGUAUGGAUACAAAUUACAGAGUUAUGGUGA